AUGUUACCAUGCAUUAGGUGGGUGCAGCCUUUCCUUGCCUUGAUCUCUUCCACCUUGCUUACGCAAGGCCACAACUGCCCAUCCAGCUGUUUGUGUCCAGACCACCACACUGUGGACUGUACCGGCCAAGGUCUAACCAGAGUCCCAGACUCCAUCCCUCUGGAUGUUCGCCGUCUCCUGCUCUCCAACAACUGGAUUCCCUGGAUCCCAUCCGACUUCCUGUUCCUCUACAGUGAUCUAGUCUACCUGGACCUGAGGAAUAACUCACUCUCCCAGCUGGAGCCAGGGACCCUGACCACCUCCUCUAGAUUAGUCUUCCUAGACCUAGGGAGCAAUAACCUGUCGGAAAUCCCCUCAGGGACAUUUGGGGAGUCCAGGAGUCUGAUCAAACUGCGACUGGGGAACAACCCUCACCUAAGCAUGGUAGGCAGGGACGCUUUUAUGGGGUUGACUUCUUUGAGGGAGCUGGAGCUGGAGAGGAAUGGCCUCACAGUGCUGGAUGUCAGAGUCUUGGAACCCCUGCCCUCCCUUCGAGUACUGCAUCUGGAGGGCAACCCCUGGCUCUGCAACUGCUACUUUGCCAAACUCUUUGUAUGGCUGACAGAGAACCGCCACAAGCUCCCAACUGGUUUGGAGGGGAUAGAGUGCUCCCUGCCUCUGGAUGGGCGUCGUGUUCCCCUUAAUUUACUCUCUGAAGACAGUUUCCAGGAGUGCCGUGGUACCCUCACCCUCACAGACUACCUCAUUGUCAUCUUUUCCGGCAUUUCCGUCUCAGUGGCGGCAAUUAUGGCCAGCUUCUUCCUCGCUUCCACGGUCCACUGCUUCCAGCGCCUCAGCAAAGGCAGCAAAGGAGAUGAGGAGGAAGGGAAUGACUGA